ACCGUUCGUGUUGUCUUUAGCAUGAUUUCCAGCUCUCUAACUUCACUGACUGACGGCUGGUCAUUCACCCAGGUGGGCGGAGGGCAGGGCACGAAGGACGGCGAGUGGCUUGCGUGCUCGGAGUUCCCGACCACGGUACACGUCGAGCUGCUUAAGUUGAAGAGGAUUCCGGAUCCUUUCAUCGGGCUUCAUGAAUGGGACGUGCAAUGGAUCGGCGAAACGGAUUGGGCGUUCAAAAAGUCGUUCAUGGUCAAGGAAUCUGAUGUUGCUGCCUCGAACGUGGAUCUUGUAUUCGACGGCGUCGACACGUUCGCGUCAGUGAAGCUUAAUGGUGAUGAGAUCCUUAAGACGCACAACCAAUUCCUCAGCUACCGCGUGCCGGUCAAGAGGCUGCUGAAAGUGGGAUCCAACGAGCUCACGCUCACUUUUGAGAGCGCCUUCUACAGGGGCAGAGACCUUCAGAAAAAGCAUGGCAAGUUGGCGCUCUGGAAUGGAGACUCUAGUCGCCUCCAUGUUCGUAAGGCACAGUACAACUACGGAUGGGACUGGGGCCCAGUCCUGAUGACCGUCGGACCCUGGCGUCCCAUUCACCUCCACUCAUACACAACACGCAUUUCCUCGCUCUUUGCAAACGCCAUCGUCUCGUCCAGCCUCGAGCCUACCCUUGACGUGCGGUUCUCCCUCUCCCACAAGGUUGCUAGCACCGCUUCUGUCACCCUCAGAGACCUUAAAGGGAAGGUCAUUCUCGUAAACGAGAAGGCGGCGGUCAAUGAUGGUGAAGGCGAGUUGAUAUUUAAGCCUAGCAACGACCAGGUCGAGUUGUGGUAUCCCGUCGGGUACGGGGCGCAGCCCAUUUAUACGGUCGAAGUUGCCGUAAAGGAUCAGAAUGGCAACGUGCUGUGUACGGAGACACGGAAGAUAGCCUUCCGUCGUGCCCAGGUCGUUCAGGACAAGCUUAUCGACCAGGAAGGCCGCACGUUCCUCUUCGAGAUCAAUAAUGUCCGCAUCUUCUGCGGAGGCUCCAACUGGAUCCCAGCAGAUUCUUUCUUGACGACGAUGACUGCGGAACGAUACAGGGCUUGGCUCCAACUACUGGUCGAUGGGAACCAGAAUAUGAUCCGCGUCUGGGGUGGGGGCAUAUACGAGCCCGACGUGUUUUACGACAUUUGCGACGAGCUUGGGAUUAUGGUCUGGCAGGACUUUAUGUUCGGCUGUGGUCAAUACCCCGCAUACGACUCUUUCGUGGAAUCCGUGCGUGAGGAGGCGGAACAGCAGGUGAAGAGGCUGAGACAUCAUCCCUCGCUUGUGAUCUUCGCUGGCAACAACGAAGACUACCAACUUGCGGAAUCAAACAAACUCGACCUAGACUAUAACGACGAAACCUCCGACUUCCGCAAGACCAACUUCCCGGCACGCUAUAUUUACGAGCGUGUCUUGCCUUCGGUGGUCGAGAAGUUCUCAACCAUCCACUAUCACCGCAGCUCGCCGUAUAGCGGCUUCGGGAAGGAUACUAGGAACCAGCAAUACGGCGACCUUCAUCAGUGGAACGUUUGGCACGGGUCGCAGGAACCAUGGCACAACUGGGACAUCCUGGCAGGGCGCUUCGUCUCCGAGUUCGGCAUGGAGGCUUACCCGAACAUUCGUACCGUCGAUUAUUGGCUCGGUGGCGAUAAGGCGGAACGCUACCCUCAGUCUAGGACUAUGAAUAAUCAUAACAAAGCGGAUGGGUUUGAACGCCGGCUCGAGCUCUACCUAGUGGAGAACUUCAAGCAUUCUUUCGAAAUGGAUAGCUAUGUAUACUAUACCCAGGUGAUGCAGGCAGAGACGCUGGCCUCGGCCUACCGGCUGUGGCGGCGUAACUGGCGCGGCAAAGGGAGGGAAUACACGGCCGGUGCUCUUGUGUGGCAGAUCAACGACUGCUGGCCAGUGACAUCGUGGGCAAUUGUGGACUACUUCCUGCGUCCGAAGCCGGCCUACUUUACGAUCGCCAGGGAACUCCGUCCCUUCACGGUCGGCAUGACUCGGAAGGAGAAGAAGAUCUUCGCAAAUGAACGCUCUGCGGCCUUCUUCACGAUCGAGACCGUCCUCGAGGUAUGGGGUACCAACAGCACGUUGAGUGACAAGAAGGCUAUGCUCGAGGUUACGGCAUUCGAUCUGCAUUCGGAUUGGAGGGAGACAUGGAGCAAGGACGUUGUGCUCGCAGCUAAUUCGAGUACUGAGCUAUUCAAGGGCGAUCUCCCUGGCCAGCCAAAACGCACCAAAGAGAGCGAGGUCCCCAAAACUAUAGUUGUUUCCGCCAGGUUACUUGAUAGUGGCACCGUCAUAAGCCGCUAUUCAAACUGGCCGGAGCCCUUCAAAUACAUCCACUUUCCGGAAGUCAAAGAUCUCGGGCUGAAAAUCACAACAGGUGCGAACGGCGAGUCCGUGGAGUUGUCUACCGAGAAACCCAUCAAGGGCAUCGUACUGGACGUCGAUGGGGACGACGUUGCCUGGAGUGAUCAGGCUAUUGACCUCGUCCCGGGCGACCCGCAAGUCGUACAGGCAAAGGGCCUGAACGGGCGUCCGAUCAAGGCGAGAUUCCUAGGGGACGGUACCGCCUGACGGUGUUCAUGUGACCCUACGCUGGCAUCUAUGUCGAUAUCUGCCAAUUAGCUGUGGAUGAUCUACUCUUGUAUUAUAUGUGCCUGUAGUGUACUGAUGGAUUAGGUCCAGUCGGGAUCAGCACCCCGAAUGAGAUGUGGUCGCGUGAAAUGUGGA